AUGCGCCUCCCAUACAAUCCUCUCCAACGUCCAAGCCCGCCGAGCCCCAAACCCCCUCCUCCCCUCGACCUCGCCCUCCUCCACUCCUUCCCCGUCGCCGACGGCUGGAACUCAUUCAUAGGAGCCAUCCGCACACGAACCACCCUCUCCACCGUGAUCCGAGAACUAGCCAUCUGCCGCGUAGCCGUGAUCAACGGCGCAUUAUUCGAGUGGGAGCAGCACGCGCCGUUACUAUCGGAGGGCGGAUUGAGCGACGAGGCAUUGGCGGUUGUACGGGAUGCGAAGGAGGAGACAUUUUCCGGUGCGGGCUCUGUGGCGGAACGGGUUUUGAGUCGCGAACAGAGGGCUUUGUUGAGGUAUACGGAUGCGAUGACCAAGACGGUUACGGUUCCCGAGGAGGUUUUUCAGGAAUUGAGGGAUUGUUUCUGUGAGAGGGAGGUUGUGGAGAUUACGGCUACUGUUGCGGCUUAUAAUUGUGUGAGUCGGUUUUUGGUGGCGUUGGAUGUUGGGGAGAAGAAUCAUCUGCAUUAG